GUUUAUCGAGUAGUGUGAUUGGAUGCUUUAACGACACAAUAGUCAUUUUGUUUUCGUUUUUUCUUUCUUGCGUUUGUUUAUCUUAAUUUUUAUAGAUCAAUGUUACUUUUAAACGUUUGACCGUUCGAGUGCCACGGGCCUUUCUUAUUUCCCGAUCGAAAAUUGCCAAGCGGCGCGAUAGGGCUUGUCAUAUUCCGUGUCGAAAAACGCCGAGCGGCGCGAUUCGCUGCUGUGAUUAUGGGCUUCGCAGCCCAGAGCGCUGGCGUGGAACUCAAACGGUUAAUAUACCGAAUUAAACAAAUGCGUUCAUCAGAUUUAAUUUUGGUUUUCAAUUGAAUAUGGAUUUAUUCUAUACACCGGUUCCUUUAAUGUCUUGAAAAAGAAAAGACAAAACAGACGUUGUGGAUGGUAAAUAUCGAGUAGCAUAUUAAUCGAAGGAAAGAGUAAAAGAUAUAUGUAUAUUAAAUUAGUAUCUUAUGUAGGAUAAAAAUUGCAUAAAUUGUUAAUUUAUAUACAUGAUCCUAGAGGAAACAAAAAGGGAGAAAAUAAGAAUCAGGACGGGGAUAAAAGCUUUAUGAUUUGAAGAGAAGAUUAGGAAUGCAGUCGGCAGGGAGCUGUUAAAGGAAUGCCCGAAGGAAAAGGAGACAGCGGCGGAGGAGACAAGAAAUAUCAAAGAAAGGAUGAAUUACUUGAGAAGAAACGGAUACAGUCAAGCGGGAGUCGAGGAGUUAAGAGAAGGACAGAGGGAUGUAAUGAAAGAGCACUACGGCCAGAGUAUUUAAAUAAAACAGGAAAGACAGAUAAUCAAAAACUCGUAGCUAGGAUAAGGUGUGGUAAUUUAGAAGAGGGAAACAGAUAUUGGGUGAAAGAGGAGGACAGGAAGUGCGGUUUGUGCAAAUUGGAAAAAGAGACGCUGAAACACCUCAUAGAGGACUGGCAAGAGUUAGAAAGAGGAGAAUUAAAAGAGGAAACGUUGGUAGAGGGGAGGGCGGAUGAGAGGGUAUAUAGCAGAGUGGGCGAGGAAGAUUAAGAAGAAGAGGAAGGAGAGGAGCGGGCAGUAAAAAAUGUAAAAUAAGAAGAGACCAAAGAUAAUGUUAAGGAUAGUUUAAGGACUCGAUGUAUGUAGAUCAAGUGUUAUUAAUUUUAAGAUUAGUUUGUAAGAUAUUGAGUAUGGUGAUAUGAGCGAGGGUGUAUAUGGUUUAGUGGAUUGUAAUCCAAGUCCAUUUCGUGGCUUAAAAGCUGGAAUAAAAACUUUAUCUAUCUAUCUAUCUAUCUAUCUAUCUGUUGAUUUAUAUACAUUCCUAUUAUAAAAAGUUAUCCGAUGAGGGCUCAGAAUAUUGUUUUUUAAUAACAAAGUAUACUUGUCAGUACAGUUUUGGUAAUUGUAACUGUAAUCAUUUGUGUACAUGUACAUUACGAGUAAUUAUGAAGUAUAUUUCAUUAAAAAUAAAAGAAUUCUGAUAUAUAUUCCACAACAUUUGUGUUCGAUUAAAAAAACAAAACCCUAAAGUCCCCUUGUGGUUAAUAAACACGUUGUACAGGUGCAUAUCAUUUGUCGUGGUGUGAUAUUUCAACGUAAUGUACCCAUUUAUUACUUCCUGAUGAAUUAUUUACAUUAUUGCAUGUACGAAGACUAUCCCAAAAGUGGUUUAUGAUUCUAAUUAAUCUCUUAACCUCUUAUACUCCUCUGACGCACCCUACAUACAUAACAAGUUUUAUUCAGGAUAAUGCAGACUUCAUUUGCGAAAUGAACAUGUAAGAAUAAAAUUAUGAGCACUUGUACAUUUUUAUAGGAAGAAGAGCACUUUUACUUUUCAGAAAUGGAACAACAAAGUGGGCUUUAAGGAAAUUCUUCGAGUGCAAAGGAUUAAAGUUUAGAAACAUGGUUAAUUUGAACAAACAGAUAAGACUUUUGAUAAAUUGUAAGCUCCGGGGUACUUAAUAAAUUCUUAAUUCGUUCGGUUGAACAAUACUUAUACAUUCUUUUACAGAAAUAAACACUACACACAUAUUCGUAAUUUGUAAUCGUAAUCGGUCGUAAUCGUAAUCGUAACCGUAACCGUAACUGUAAUCGCUAUUGUUCUUUUUGGCCAGAGAGCGAUACUAAAUGCGCGCACUGAUUACGCUCGCAGCGCGAAAAUUUGAGUAAUUGUCUUACAAAAUCUAGUUACAUUAUGUACAAAAUAAAUGUUAACCUCCAUGAAUACAUACUAAUGUACAAAGUUCUCUUCUAAGUAAGUUGUAACGUUAAUUGAGUAUUAAAGCCCUAUGAUUUAAUAACAGCUUGGCAUCUAAACGAAAUUAAAUCGACAAAGUUCGUGCAGGUCAUUGUCCCUUGGGACCACUACCUCGUGAUUUGUUGGAGUAAUUUAUUUUUAUUAUCAAAUAACCGUGGGCUGUCGUUUUAUCCAAUCUCGUACAUGUUCUAUACCAUGGGAUUUACAUCGAGCAAUUUUUCAGAACAUUGAUUUCCUCGUUGCAUAAAAUUUCAGAGACCAACUGGUUUUUAUGCUUCUAGACAUUAUCACGAUGGAUUCGCUUCAAAGGAUCGAGUAGCAGCGUCUGAAUUUUCAAAAUGUCUUUAUACGUAUGCCAAUCCAUUAUUCAAUUCAGAUAAGAGAUGGUAACAAAACUGAAAGAUUGAACAGAGGAAUAUACUCUCGUGCAUUCACUAUGCACAUUGAAUAAAACGAUGUAAUCAAUUUCUUGACAGUGCUCAUACUCUACUUGAAUUAAUU